AUGGAACAUGCUCUUUUUCUCGACAAGCCCAUUCGCAGCAACCCUCGCAAUCGAGACCAGGAGCGUCGAUUGGCCGCUUCGAGACCGACGUCUUCGCCUGGCAGCGACACUGGGUCCUCUGUCUCGUCAUUACCUUUUGGCUUCUCGCCUGGCCAUGAGUCUGAUACCCUAUCGACAUGCACGAGUAGGCAGUCGAUAGCAGACCACAUGGCCAUGAUAUCCUCCACGACACGUCCCCACUGGCUUACUGAAGCAGAAGUUUCAGGAACGCUGCUUCCCUCCGACCAAGCGACCUCAGAAGACCUCUCGACAACACCAACGGCCCCACAACACCCCCGAAGCCGCAACAAGACGACAAAAGCUGCAUGCAUGGCGUGUCGAAAGCGCAAAUCAAAGGUCCCUACAACAGAUCCACAACUCCAGAUAUCGNNUUUCCUUGAAAGACUGACUUGUUUCCAGUGUGAUGGCAAGCGUCCCCGAUGCUCGAGCUGCCGCACCAAGACAAAGUCUUGCGAGUACAUGGCUGAAGAAGGUGUUUCCAGUCAAACGGCAUCCAAGAGACGACUCGAGGGCUAUGAGACCGUGCUGACUUUGCUCCAACAAGCCGAGUACGGGGACUGCGAGCGCAUCCUCAAAGACCUGCGAAGACCAAAGAGUUUGGGGAGUGGUGUUAAUGCCGUGUUGGAGAACUGGAUGCUGAAAACCGAGUAG